AUGUUGCUUCGUCAGUUUGGGAUUAAAGAGAAGAAACGCCGUGUGAGUUUAUUUUGAAGGUUUUUAAAAGAAUAUAAUAAUAUUUUUUAGGAUCUUGUCGAGGAGCUGAGAAACCGAAACAAUCGCCAGCAAGUGGAGUUGGAACGACAAGGCCAAAUAAUCCACGAUGGUGAGCGCGCAAGGAAUGCAUUGGCCGAUGAUCUUCGUGACAGAGAUGAACAGAUGGGCAAUUUGGUUGAUCGAAAUGAAGAUUUGGACAAUCGACUUAACGAUCUUCAAAAUCGUAACGCGGCUCAAGAUGCCCAAAUCCAACAGCUCCGAAACAACGCGAGAAACCGUAAGUUGAAUUGUUGUUUGUUUUUCCAAUAUAAAUAAAUUUUUCAGAAGCCCCGAGAAGAAAUAAUCGUCCGUCUUCGAUUGCAAGAAUCCACCCCAACAAUCUUUGA